AGCUCCUCCACACAAGCGCAGUCUUCACCGGAAGCAUUCUGCAACUCAGACGCCCGAUUACUACGCAACCAUCAGAGCAGCACACCACUACCCACGCCGCACCCACACCUUUUGUGUGGUUGUUGCUCUCCAUCCUAGAUUAAUCCUAGCUUUCUUUCAGCCCCAACCGUUCCCACCCCGCGCCGCCGUCUAAAUCGGGCACAGGAACGAGCCCUGCCAACUAUUCGUGGGCCUUAUAUCGUUUAUCGGUAUAUAUCACCAGCCCACACACCCGAAGUCGUAUUUUUGUUUCCCUCCGCCCCUUUUUCACCAUGGAAGUUUUCAACCCCAUCUCGGGGCAGCGCGAAACUGCGGCGGACUCGACAAUGAUGGCGUUUGACAAAGACCAACGAUACAUACUGUCGACGUUGGAGAGGGUGGGUGGGGCGCUGUCGUUGAUCGGUGUGUCGAUGAUUUUUGUGACUUUCUACGCCUCGAAACGAAUCAGAACGGUACCGAAUACAUUCAUCUUGUUUGCGUCGAUUGCCAAUGUCGGCGCUUGCGUUGCCAGUCUGAUCGCCUUGGAGGGCAUUGAGCAAGGCGAGACUUCACCGCUGUGCCAGACCCAGGCUUUUCUGUUUGAGAUGUUCAUGCAGUCUGACCCCUGGUGGUCUUUUGCGAUGGCCAUCAACGUCUACCUGGUCUUCUUUUGGUCCACAAACCCAACUAGCUUUCGCAAGCAUCUAUGGAUAUACUGUGCGAUUUGCUUUGGUGUGCCAGCUGUGCCUGCUUUCAUAUGCUUGUUUUACAGGCCCGGCGGCGCUUACAUCUAUGGCGAUGCGAUCCUGUGGUGCUGGAUUGACAACAAUUUCAACCAACUCCGCAUCUGGACUUACUACCUCCCAAUAUGGGUUUGCAUCUUUCUCUCAGCAGUCAUAUACGUGGCCGUGGGCUACCAGGUCUUUCAUCAACGCAACCAGCUGCGCAACCUGACGCUCAGCAACCCUGGCAAGGAGACAUCUACAUCCGACGUACGUGACUCUGCUGAGAAGAACCUGACCGGACAUGGAAGCUACUACGGCACGGUGACCACCGAAGUCCAGGUCACCAGCGUGGAUCACUGCUGUGACGCGCACACAACACACUCGAUCACGCCACCCCCGACACCGCCCAACAACUGGAACUCAAACUCAAACACAACCUUGACUCCACCACCCUGCUAUCAUCCGUGGGUCAGCACAGCGACCUUUCCCUUUGACCUCGAGGCCUGCAAUGGCAGCGGGCCCUCCCAAACAAAUGUCAACGCCAGUGAUAAUCAGGACAACGUUGCAAACUCUGAAUCUUUGCCACGACCCUUGAGCCCUUGCGGCAACCCAAACUGCCACUAUGCAAACAUCCCAAACGCCAUUUUCCCAAUACCGCCACCCGCAUCUCCCACCACCAAGAGACAAGCAACGGCUUCUAGCGCGGCAACCCACAGAAGUAACCCUCCUUCGCAACCUCAAACCUACUCCACGACCUCAGUCAUCACCGCCUCACAUCGUCCGCAAAGACGCAGCACGUCACGUCCCUCGGUGCUCACUCGUGUCCAGUCUUCGGGCCACCGCUUCACAGCCAAGCUCCGCCACAUGGACCCCGUCAAACUUGCAUACCUGCGGACGUCGUUUGUAUUUGCCAUCUCGGUGCUCGUCACCUGGACACCCAGCAGCAUCAACCGCGUCUACAACCUCGUCUACCCGGAGCAGGCCUCGUACGGUCUGAACCUGGCUAGCGCCGCCGUCCUGCCGCUGCAGGGCGUCUGGAACGCGGUCAUCUACUUCUCCACCAGCCACAAGAUCCUGCGCGAGGAGCUCGAGGUGGCUUCGUCGCGCCGCCCGGUCCUCCGCAGGGUGCUCACCUUCUUCCGCAUCAUCGAUUCAAACAGCGUCCAUCUUGUCGGCGUCGACGGCGGUUCCUUGGAUCGCGCUCGGUCCGCCGGUGUCAUGUCUGGGUCGACAGCCUGCCACGGCGGCCCGGGCGGAGCUGUCCCUGCCGUAGCCGGCAACCCGGGAUUCGAGAGGACGGCGACGCGAGGCGGCAGACUGUCGCGGCACUUUAGCGCUGAUGCCGUCGAGCUGAGCAUUCGAAACCCCCGCAUCGGUAGUAAUGUGCGGGUGCAGAAGGGUGGUCAGUUGGACAUUAGUUUAUGAUGAUGGAUGAUGAUAACGUGUGUCUGCUUUUUUCUUGGGAAGCGUGCAGCGGGAGUUUUGGUUUCUUUUUUGUUGUAUCCCAAACGUCCGGUGCCGAUGAGGUCUUUUUCUACUCGCCCUUUUCUUCUUCUGGUGUUUGCUUGGUUUGACUCCAAGCACGAUUUUGAACCCUUUUUUUCUUUGGCGAAAACAAAAGUUGCACACACACUACAUAAUCUUGAUUUCUAUUUCUUUCAUCAUGUAAAGUAGCUUACUUGGAUACAGUACAAGAUCAAGGCCCCUAGAGGGGAAUAUAGUACAAAUUACUGACUGAACGUUUGGAUAUAUGCACCAUCCAAGCAAUUAGUCUCUGC